UGCAGAGAGGAUUCGAGGGAUGGUGGAGUCCGGCUCUGCUGGCCUAGAAGCAGAGUGCACCCUCAUGCUCAGUGCUCAGUGGGUGCCUGAACUGAGGGGCAGUUGUCAGUUUGUCUGAGUGGGAAACAUCCUGGAUUUUGUUACUUGGCAAAGAGUUGGUGUAAACCUACAGCCAGCAGCAGUCUGGAGCCUGGGAGCCUCCUGAAGUCCUGGGUGAAGCCUCUGGUUUUACCAAUUGCAGGUCAGCUUGGCUGGGAGAGAUGGGUGGCGGGGAAGGGGCAGGAGCCUUGAGGAGGAGGGAGAGGCGUCUUUCCUCCUACAGCUUCCCCCUGUCAGCCCCAACCCCAGCCCACACAUUGUACCAUCUCUCCUGCUGUGACUGGGUUGCCUGAAUUUGUGGGAGACCCUUGAUUCCAUCCCAGAGUGUGGGGGGUACGGAGGUCUAGUGGGACAAUGUCAUAUUGUAAAUUUGGAAUGCUGAAGAGAAAAUUAUAGAUUUUGACAUUGAAGGAAAUGAAGCGAAGCCUAAAUGAAAAUUCAGCUCGAAGUACAGCAGGCUGUUUGCCUGUUCCAUUGUUCAAUCAGAAAAAGAGGAACAGACAGCCAUUAACUUCUAAUCCACUUAAAGAUGAUCCAGGUAUCAGUACCCCUUCUGACAAUUAUGAUUUUCCUCCUCUACCUACAGAUUGGGCCUGGGAAGCUAUGAAUCCAGAGUUGGCUCCUGUAAUGCAAACAGUGGACACCGGGCAAAUACCACAUUCAGUUUCUCGUCCUCUGAGAAGUCAAGAUUCUAUCUUUAACUCUAUUCAAUCAAAUACUGGAAGAAGCCAGGGUGGUUGGAGCUACAGAGAUGGUAACAAAAAUACCAGCUUGAAAACUUGGAAUAAAAAUGAUUUUAAGCCUCAGUGUAAACGAACAAACUUAGUGGCAAAUGAUGGAAAAAAUUCUUGUCCAAUGAGUUCGGGAGCUCAACAACAAAAACAAUUAAGAAUACCUGAACCUCCUAACUUAUCUCGCAACAAAGAAACCGAGCUACUCAGACAAACACAGUCAUCAAAAAUAUCUGGCUCCACAAUGAGAGGGCUAGACAAAAACAGUGCACUACAGACACUUAAGCCCAAUUUUCAACAAAAUCAAUAUAAGAAACAAAUGUUGGAUGAUAUUCCAGAAGACAACACUCUGAAGGAAACCUCAUUUUAUCAGUUACAGUUUAAGGAAAAAGCUAGUUCUUUAAGAAUUAUUUCUGCAGUUAUUGAAAGCAUGAAGUAUUGGCGUGAACAUGCACAGAAAACUGUACUUCUUUUUGAAGUAUUAGCUGUUCUUGAUUCAGCUGUUACACCUGGCCCAUAUUAUUCGAAGACUUUUCUUAUGAGGGAUGGGAAAAAUACUCUGCCUUGUGUCUUUUAUGAAAUCGAUCGUGAACUUCCGAGACUGAUUAGAGGCCGAGUUCAUAGAUGUGUUGGCAACUAUGACCAGAAAAAGAACAUUUUCAGAUGUGUUUCUGUCAGACCGGCGUCUGUUUCUGAACAAAAAACUUUCCAGGCAUUUGUCAAAAUUGCAGAUGUUGAGAUGCAGUAUUAUAUUAAUGUGAUGAAUGAAACUUAAGUAGUGAUAAAAGGAAGUUUAAAUAGCAUAAAUUAUAGCAGUUUUCUGUUAUUGCUUAAUUUACCAUCUCCAUAGUUUUAUAGCUACUAUUUUCUUGUAUUUCACAUGUUGAAUUAAAGUAUUUGAAUUCUUUUAAAUG